AUGGGGACGUUUCCUGGUGGGAACUUUUCGGGCUGGCUCAGCCCGACAGAGCUGCAGGCGGGAGUCGCAGCCGAGAGGAACCAGCAGCAGGUUCCUGCCCUUCCAGCGGAAGCCAAGGGACAACCUCCGCUGGUGGAGAAUCCGGCUGAGACACCAGCUUUGGCUGCGGGGGACCGGAUCGUGGCCUUUCAUGACGCUGUGUCACGGUGGGGCUGCUCCGACGCCUCGGCUCCAUCCCCAAAAGCCAAACACAACCCCGGCGUGGGGAACCAGUUCCUGGUCCCGGGGGGACACAAACGGCAGCCUCAGGCCCUUGCGGGGGAAAAGCCGCUGGGCCGGCUGGCCUGGCGCCCCCGGCUGCGCACCGUCCUCCUGGACCUGCUCCUCAUCUACGUCUCUGUGCCCUUUCUCGUCCGCCUCUUCCCUGCUGUGCUCACCAAAUUCGUCUACCUGAACUUCCUGGCCUUCCCUUUCUUCAUGGACCUUCGGCAGCCGGAGCUGCUGCUGAACAACACCAUCAGCCUGUACCUCACCACCGAGCCGGGCGUCAGAGUUGGCAUUUGGCACACGGUGCCGGGCAGCAGAGGGGCCGAGGCGCGGGGCAAGGACCAGCGCUGGUACGAGGAGGCACUUGCUGACACUCACCCCGUGAUCAUCUACCUGCACGGCAAUGGGGGGACCAGGGCUGCGAGCCACCGUGUCCAGUUCUUGAAGGCAAUGGGAGCUGCUGACUUCCACAUCCUGGCUCUCGACUACAGAGGCUACGGGGACUCCAGCGGGCACCCCACGGAGAGCGGCUUCCCCACGGACGUCCUGGCACUCUACGACUGGGCCAAAGCACGGAGUGGGAACAGCAGCAUCCUCUUCUGGGGACACUCUUUGGGGACGGGGAUUGCCACGAACGUGGCAAGGAAACUGCAGGAGGACCGAGGGGUCCAGGUUGAUGCUGUCGUCCUGGAGUCGCCCUACACCAACAUCCGUGAGGCGGCCGCCCACAUCCCCAUCACCAAGAUCUACCGCCAGUUCCCGGGUUUCGAGUACCUCAUCCUGGACUCGCUAGCUCUGGGCAACAUGUUCUUCCACAGCGACGAGAACGUGAAGGUGCUGGCCUGCCCGCUCCUCAUCCUGCAUGCAGAAGAUGAUGCUGUGCUGCCUCCGCACCUGGGCCGCAAGCUCUUCGAAACCGCACGCAGCGCCUACAAGGACAAAACCAAGGUGAAGUUCAUUACCUUUCCUGAAAAGCUGGGCCUGGGCCAUGACUACAUCUCGUUCAACCCAGAGCUGCCCACACUGGUGAAAGACUUCUUGAACAUUAAGUGAUGCCAGCUGCUGCAUGCAGCAACCGCGAGCGCUCCCUCAAAGCCACACCAGGAACCCCUCAUUGCACUGAACUUACUGCUGUACGUAAUAAAAACUACUGAGAAACUUUCUAAUUC